UUUCCGUCCCCUACCUGAGUCAAUAGAUACAGUACUGCAGUAACUUGUAACAAAGAGGAACAGAAAAGGACGAAAGUCAGCAAUGGCAAACUCGGAAAAGCACGACUCAAAGGGGACAAUUCAGCAAGAUAGUGAACCUACAUUCAAGCGUAAUGAAGAAAAUGUUACAGAACCUGACUCCUUCUAUAAGAGCACUGAUAUUUUUGACCCUUUGGAAGAAUACAAGAUGACCCACAAGCGUCGAGGUAUUGCUUUAAUCUUUAACCAGGAGACCUUCUUCUGGUACCUGGCCAUGCCAAGCAGACAGGGCACAAAUGCUGAUAAGGAAAAUCUUGAAAGAAGAUUAAGAGAUCUAGGCUUUGAUGUGAGGGCAUAUGAUAACCUUAAAGCUGUUGAGGUGAUGGAAUUAAUUCAUGAAGCGGCCACAUCCAGCCAUGCAGACGCAGACUGUUUCCUGUGCGUUUUCUUGAGCCACGGUGAAAACGAUCAUGUGUUUGCCUACGAUGCAAAAAUCCAAAUCCAGGAUCUCACUGGCAUGUUCAAAGGAGACCAAUGCCAAAGCUUGGUGGGGAAGCCAAAGAUCUUCAUAAUUCAGGCUUGCCGUGGGGACAAGCACGAUGAGCCUGUGAUGGCCAUGGACGUGGUCGACCACAGUGCGGACCAGGGGAACACGGUGGUAGUGGACGCUGGAGCCAUGUACACACUCCCUGCCGGAGCUGACUUCAUCAUGUGCUACUCUGUGGCCGAAGGGUACUAUUCUCAUCGGGAAACCAUCAGAGGCUCCUGGUACAUUCAGGACCUCUGUGAAUUGAUGCAGAGGUACGGCUCCACACUGGAGUUCACAGAGCUCUUGACUCUGGUGAACAGGAAGGUCUCAACCAGGAGUGUUGCGAACUGUGCCGAUCGUACUGCCAUCGGGAAGAAACAGGUCCCCUGCUUCGCUUCUAUGCUCACAAAGAAGCUGUACCUCAGAUCAAAAAACAAAUGAGUGGUUCAGGGGACCAAACUCCACCAAUCAAGGUUUUAAUUUUUAUAUUGUGUCGCUGGUGAACAGGAACUCUGGGAUUGGUAUUUAAGCUAGAAAAUAGAGAAUCAUGUUAAAUUUAGUUUACUCAUGACUCCAACUUAAACUCAACAUUGUUCUCCCAAACCUUACAGCUGUAUUGGGUCCAUCCAGACCUAACCUCAGUGUGACAAUGUUUUAAAUUGGCUGUUUGGGAGAAGGAGGUUGUGACUUAACGGGUUGUUCAGUGUUUUACACGAGGAUGGAGUCCUUAUGAAUAACUUUUAUUAAUAAUAUUGGAAAUGUUUCACUCUUUUUAAGGUUAAAAAUGUAAUGUCUUUUGAGGGCAUCUGUUUGUGGGCUGUGCUUUUUUAUCGGGUAACUGUAUGGCCUUCUUAGGAUAAAAAGGGAUAUUUUUAGUUUUUUUUUUUUUAUUAAGCCGUUUUAAAAUUUUACAAGUAGACCAGUUUUUGAAAGCUGUAUUUUUUCUACCUACAAUAAUAUUCCCAGCUAACAUCUUAUCUUCUCUGAUUGUUGAAAGAAUUUGUCAUCUGCUUUUCCUGUAUUAGAUUCAGUGUAAAAAUCAUAUUAAAAACUUUACUACACUACAUACACUCAUUGAAUCAGUAACUUAAUUUCACAACAAUAAAUCACAACAUGUAUGGUGGCUUAUUUAGGAAAGGAGAAAAAUGUAUUUAAAAUGUUUCAUGUCAAGUAUCAAAUGUUAUAUUUCAAACUUGGAUAAAAUGAUCUUAUGACACACAUUUUCUAUACAGUAUUCCAUGUCCUCAUAUGAGCCACCAUAGAAAUGAAAAAAAAUAACUACAAUCACUUGACCAAACUACCUCUGCCUUCUGUUGGUUAGCUAUGGGUUUUUCCACUAUACAGCAGUCAGGGGAUCACUACGAAUGUACUUUAUAAACUGCUGUUAAAUGAUCUGCAUGCAUUCUGGUUGUAACGUUGUGCACAAUGGGAGAAAAUGGAAAAAUACAAUGUGAACUGCUGGAUAGUUAAUAUGGGGAAUAAAUAAGGAAUUUGCUAAA